AAAUAAAUAUGGGUUCAAGACAUAGUAAAGGAGCCGUAGCAAAGUCAGAACUAGUUGAUGAAGUAUCAAUUGAAAAAUUGGAACAUCAACACGGAAAAUAUGGAGAAUGUAACGAAUGCAUGCAACAGAAUACUGGAUACGGCUGUUGGUAUCGUGACUAUGAUGAUAAGAAAGAAUUUCCUGAGCUGUGGAGUCAAAUUGAAGCAGCUGAAAAGUUACAAGCUUCUGAAGGUUUCUCAAUUAACACAUCAAAUAAUGAUAGAGCUACAAGAGCUUAUAUUACACACCAUCAGGCCUCCUAUACAAGUUGCGCUUUAAGUUUCGCAAAUCUUUCACAACCUGUAAAUGCGUCUGAUAUCAUUGUCUAA